AUGAUGACAGCUGACCACGUGACGUUACACAGUGCUUACGGAGCAUGGAGGUUAGAAACAACCCUUCUCUGAGGGAUGAGCUGCAGCAGUACCUCCAGGAGCUGGGUAUCCAGCCAGUGUGUGUGGAGCACCCUGAGGUCUUUACAGUGGAGGAAAUGAUGCCACAUGUCCAGCACCUAAAAGGGGCACACAGUAAGAAUCUGUUCUUGAAAGACAAGAAGAAGAAAGGGCUCUGGCUGGUGACUGUGCUCCACGACCGCCAGGUAAACCUCAAUGAUCUUGCCAAGAAGUUGAAUGUUGGCAGCGGAAAUCUCAGGUUUGCCGAUGAAGCUUCUAUGGUUGAGAAGCUGAAAGUGGGUCAGGGCUGUGCCACCCCACUCGCCCUCUUCUGCGAUGACAAGGUUGAAGUAAAGUUUGUUCUGGAUUCCAAGUUUUUAGAAGGAGGCCACGAGAGGCUCUAUUUCCAUCCGAUGACCAAUUCUGCAACAAUGGGGAUUACUCCCGAUGAAUUUGUCACCUUUUUAAAAAAGACUGGUCAUGACCCUGUGAUAAUAAAAUUUGAUGAUUAGA